AUGCCGAACGUAUCCUCUUAUCCCCCCGGAGAGCCUUCGGCGCCGCCACGCCGCCCAGACAUCAAGAGGAAACUCGUCGUUGUCGGUGACGGCGGCUGCGGCAAGACAUGUCUCCUCAUCGUGUAUGCAGAGAACCGCUUUCCCGAGGUGCUUCCACCCGUACUAUAUGCAUUUCAUUACGCGUCUGACACCACCCACUCCGCGCCACAGGCAUAUAUACCGACCGUGUUCGAGAACUAUGUCACUCAGGUGCAAUUCGACGGCAAGCUCGUCGAACUUGCGCUCUGGGAUACAGCGGGACAGGAAGAGUACGACCGGCUAAGGCCACUAAGUUACCCAGAAAGCGACGUCAUCCUCGUCGUGUUCUCCGUCGAUUUCCCCGUCAGCCUCGCGAACGUCCAGGAUAAGUGGUAUCCGGAGGUUGCUCAUUUUUGUGAGGACACGCCGCUUAUACUUGUGGCGACGAAGAUCGACCUGCGGAGAGACGAACAGACACGGCGGAUGCUGAGCGCGCAAGGGCAGACGCCCGUGUCGUCGGAGCAGGGCGCGAGCGUCGCGCGGGAGAUCGGCGCGAAAUACAUCGAGUGUUCAGCGAAGACAGGUACGAACGUACAAGAAGUAUUCCAUCUCGCGCUGAGGGAGAGUAUGAGGGGGCGAUGGGGGAAGAUUGUGAAGCAGCGGCGGUGCGUGGUGACGUGA